CGCGUUUUCAGUUUAUCAUCAUUCAGCAACGAUCGCAGGUUACUGAGAGGGUCCAAACUUUUAAUCGUUUCCAAUCGGCGUUUUACUCUCUCCUCCCGAUGAAUCGGUGGAUUUAGUCGUUGACUUUUUCGUAAAAUCCUGAUUAAAAUUAAACUUUCGUAAAAUGGUCUGAGAUUUUGGAUAGGGCGAGUGUUGGUUAUUGUUUUGCGCCGAUUCAGGGUGACAUCGCUAUUUGUGAGACGGGCGUAUCGUAAUUCGUACAUGCUGUCAACCGACUGAACAUGCACUUCUGCAGGGAGAACGUCUCCAUUUGGGAAGUAUGGGUGGACCACGGGGUGUCCGACUGCUUCAUGAACACAGUUUCAAACUUGGUACUCGGCUUGUACUUGCUCAUUUUCGGGAGCGCACAGCUCUGGAUGUACAAAAAGUACGGCACCACGAUCAACAGCCACUCCAUCCCGACGUCCAACUUGUACAUCCUCCAGCUUCUGUUCACCGCUUUACUCGGGAUCCUGCCUGUCUUCACCCUCGCCUUCCAGGUCGUCGUGCUCAACCGAGGUGUCAUCUACGGGUUUGAGAUCCUAGCUGUUUUUAUACAGGUUUUCAUCUACCCGUUUUCGAUUCUUCUUAUAUUUUUCGAGAGGAAUUAUCUUCUUCCAUCGGUCCCUACGAGGGGACAUGGCCUCAUUUUACUUGUGUUUUGGACGCUGAUGUUUAUAUCAGUCAACAUCCUUUUUAUCAACAUCCAUCGGCAAGACUGGUGGACACAUUUAGAAUCUUGGAAAGAGAAAGUACAGUUGGCGAUUUUUGUUACAAAGUACAUCCUGAGCCUUUUUGUCUUUGCCCUCGGUUUCAGGGCACCUGGCAUCUUAUCUUCCCGGGAAUAUGUUAACAUUGAGACACCCAUGUUUGACUCUAUGGGCGAGAACUUUGAAGGAAACGCUAACUACUCGACUUGGUACAACUUAUGGAAGAAAAUCAAAAUCUUAGCGCCUUUCCUUUGGCCGAAAAAAGACUCCUUUCUCCAGCUCAGAGUUAUAUUUUGUUUCAUACUGCUUAUUGCAGGGAGGGUGAUUAAUUUGUACGUCCCGCUGUAUAGCAAAUAUAUCGUGAAUAGUAUAAAAGGGCCGGAUUCGCUAUUCAGAUGGGAUCUAGUCAUCAUUUACGUGAGCUUCAAGUUUCUCCAAGGCGGAGGAACUGGAGGAAUGGGCAUCCUGAACAACUUGAGGUCCUUUCUCUGGAUAAGAGUGCAGCAGUACACAACAAGGGAAGUGGAGGUUGAAUUGCUUCACCAUCUACACGGUCUUAGCUUGAGAUGGCACCUUUCAAGGAAAACAGGAGAAGUCCUCAGAAUUAUGGAUAGAGGGACAGAUUCCAUUAACAAUUUACUUACUUACAUACUCUUCAACAUCUUACCAACGAUAGUCGACAUCAUUGUAGCUGUUGUCUAUUUUGUUGUCGCCUUCAACCCUUAUUUCGGUCUAAUUGUUUUCAUAACAAUGUUUUUGUAUAUAUUAGAAACUAUAUGUAUAACUGAAUGGAGGACUAAAUUCCAAAGGAGGAUGAAUAUUGCAGACAAUGCAUCAAAGGCACGUAGUGUCGAUUCUCUUCUUAAUUUUGAGACUGUUAAAUAUUACAGUGCUGAACGUUAUGAAGUCGACGCUUUCCGAGAAAGUAUUCACAAGUUCCAGGUUGAAGAAUGGAAAUCGAUGGUUUCGCUCAACCUCCUGAACAAUCUUCAGAAUGUGACGAUAUGCUCUGGUCUUUUAGCAGGGUCUUUGCUUUGCGUUUAUUUGGCCGCGACGCAUCAGGGUUUGGAUGUCGGGGAUUAUGUUCUGUUUGCCGGUUACAUCUUGCAGUUGUACGUCCCACUCAAUUGGUUUGGGACGUAUUACAGAGCGAUACAGAAAUCAUUUGUUGACAUGGAAAACAUGUUUGAUCUGCUUUCUGAAGUACCUGAAGUCAGCGAUGAACCAGGAGCACACGCGCUCUCGCUUACAGAAGGAUCGGUGGAAUUCAAAAAUGUGUCAUUUUCGUACAACCCCGAUAGAACUGUUUUAAGCAACAUUUCAUUCUUUGUCCCAGCAGGGAAGACCGUCGCCCUUGUUGGUCCAUCGGGAAGUGGGAAAAGCACGAUAAUUCGUUUGUUGUUCCGUUUCUUUGACGUUAAAGAUGGCGAGAUACUUAUCGACGGGCAAAACAUCAAAUUUGUUAAACAGGAUUCACUGAGACGAGCCAUCGGUGUUGUCCCACAAGAUACUGUAUUAUUUAAUAAUACGAUUAAGUACAAUAUUCAGUACGGCAGAAUAAAUGCCCCUGAUGCAGAUAUCAUCAAUGCUGCAAAAAAUGCAGAUAUACAUGACCGAAUUUUAAAUUUCCCUGAAGCUUAUGACACACAGGUCGGUGAGAGAGGUCUGAAGUUGAGUGGGGGUGAAAAACAGAGGGUCGCUAUCGCUAGGACAUUGCUGAAGGCACCUACUGUCGUCUUGCUUGAUGAAGCUACCAGUGCCUUAGACACUCAGACAGAAAGAAACAUCCAGUCCGCUCUCGCGCAAGUCUGUACAAACAGAACAACAAUAAUCGUAGCCCACCGGCUUUCGACCAUCAUCCAUGCAGAUGAAAUUUUAGUGUUGGAAGAUGGUGAAAUCAUUGAAAGAGGACGGCAUGAGGAUUUGAUCACGAGGGGAGGUAAAUAUUCGGAAAUGUGGCAGCAGCAAUUGAAAAACGACGCCGCCGGCGAUACAAAUCAAACAACUGAGACUCCAAAUACAACAACAGAAGAGGCGUAAAUUAUUUUUAUUUUUUAAAUAACAAAGUCUGAUUGCAUACUGCAGAAUAAUAAAUAUAUUGCAAAAGGAAAUUCAAAUUUGAUUCCUUCUCUGUUAUACUCACAUAGAUUUGUUUUUCUU